CCCCAGGUGAGCCAGUGGUACGAGCUGGUGGUGUUCACGGCCUCCAUGGAGAUCUACGGCUGUGCCGUUGCCGACAAGCUGGACAACAACCGCAGCAUCCUCAACCGCCGAUACUACCGCCAGCACUGCACCCUGGAGCUGGGCAGUUACAUCAAGGACCUGUCGGUCGUGCACAGCGACCUGUCCAGCAUUGUCAUCCUGGACAACUCCCCUGGAGCCUACAGGAGCCACCCAGACAACGCCAUCCCCAUCAAGUCGUGGUUCAGCGACCCCGGGGACACGGCCCUGCUCAACCUGCUGCCCAUGCUGGACGCCCUGAGGUUCACCGCCGACGUUCGCUCCGUCCUGAGCCGGAACCUUCACCAGCACCGGCUCUGGUGACCCCGGACCCCCCCGGGACCCCCUGGAUGGGACCCCCUGGAUGGGACCCCCUGGACGGGACCCCCUGGACGGGACC